CGCGUCCCUACUACUCAACACCCAGGGAAAAGCAGCAGGAAGAGGCCCACGGCAAGGGACAGAGUAUAGCAUAGCAGGCACAUCAUGGGCUUCGACUUUGGCAACCACAUCCGCAAUGCGCAUCUCCAAGCAGCAGGUCUGCCAGCUCCAAAGGCGACCAGCACAGGAACCACCAUUGUCGGCCUCCUCUUUAAGGAUGGUGUCGUGCUAGGCGCAGACACGCGUGCAACAGCAGGUCCCAUCGUCGCUGACAAGAACUGCGAAAAGAUCCACCACAUUGCACCCAACAUCUGGUGCGGCGGCGCAGGUACAGCGGCAGACACCGAGUUUGUCACCGGCAUGAUUUCUUCGCAGUUGGAAUUGCAUGCUAUGUCGAUGAAUAGGCAGCCGCGUGUAGUGACGGCCAUGACACUGCUCAAGCAGCAUCUCUUCAAGUACCAGGGACACGUUGGCGCGUACCUCAUUGUCGGCGGCGUCGACCCAACCGGUGCGCAUCUUAUGUCUAUCCACGCACACGGAUCAACAGAUAAGCUGCCGUACACCUGUCUUGGAUCAGGCUCGCUCGCUGCAAUGGCAGUAUUUGAGACGCGCUGGAAGAAGGACAUGGAGCGCGAGGAAGCUGUGGCCCUUGUUGCAGACGCCAUCAAAUCAGGUAUCUUCAACGAUCUCGGCUCAGGCUCGAACGUCGACGUUGCAGUCAUUACAAAGGAAGGUACAGAGGUCUUUAGAGGAUAUGAGAAGCCAAAUGAGCGAGGUGUGAGGGAGGAACGCUACCUCUACAAGCGCGGUACAACGCGUGUAUUGGGUAAAGAGCAGCUCACCAAGUUUGUGACUAUCGAGACGCUCCCGGUCGAAAGUGCGCCGGCAGAGGCCAUGGAAGUAGAUGCGUAGUAAAUUCAACAUCCAUGAACCCUAUGAUG